CUAUCGAGGGAAAGACCUCGAUGCCCGCGUGCCACACUUGUUGUGUCGCGCUGCGCAGUCGGCGGAGAGAACAUUCGCAAGAUGGCGACGUCCUAUGUUGUUCGAAUUCGCCCCGGAGAGGAUGUAGACGACUUCGAGACGACCUCCGACAGUCCGGGAAUUUCUCUCCGGAAAUCGAGUUGCUGGGACUCUCGACGGCUCAUAGAGGUCGAAGUGCCGGAAUGAGAUGAUCACUGACGUCGAGACAUUGUCGAACUAGUGUCUGGUGAUGAGACGCAAGCGCGCUGUUGUUCUAACGCUGGUGACGUUCGUAUUAUGGAAACUCGCCGUCUAUUUCUCAGCCCAUUUUCCUUGCCGCAAAGCUGCUCUGUCAGAUCUCUGUGCAGAAUGGAGCGAUGGAGACGAAGUGGAAGGCGAUUGGUGCUUCAAUUUAUGUAACGCGGUGAAAAGCUGCCAUGGGGUUCCACAUUUCGGCAAAGAGUUGGUGGUCGGCAUAUCGGGACCUUUCGGCGAGGCUGUCGCGAAGGGUCGGCACGCCGACUACCGAGACUCUGUGGACUCCGAACUGCGACUGGAUCCGACGAAUCCGACAAAAGACUUCCAGAAACGAAUGGCUCUCAGGCUUUCCGACUUCCAGAAAACGAAUCAGUUCAACCUAUUGAUCACGGACGGCCUCGAACCCGACACUUCUUCCAACUCGCAGAGGCUUCACUUCCUGCAAAUGAUGAAUCAGAGGGAAUUUGUCUGGUCUUUUUUAUACAGCCAGAGCGGGGACGCCUCCCCGUUCCCUUUGCUUCGGGGCACAUGUGGACAUGUCUACAUUGUCGAAAAGUCUCAGCGGGAGCUUAACUUUGUCAAUGAACUCCCAAUUCGAGAGAAGCUGAAAGCUUUGGUUAAGGUCGCAGAUCUGAUCGUUAUGCUCGAUGAGAUGAAUGUGGAAGUUUGCGAUUUCAAAUGGGAACACUUCGGAUUGUUCUAUAAGGAAAAUUCCAAUCCAAGCGAGUCCAAUGAGGACUUCGUGGUCAAACUCCUCGACCUUGACGCUGUCUUCAGUAGACAUUCAUUAGGAGUCACCAUGGGAAACUAUCAUUGUACUACCGACGAAGACUGUGAUUUUUUCGAUUGCAAAGGUCGCUGUAUAAAGGGAGACGGUCUCCGCAAAUCGACCUGCGUUCCAUCUACAGUUGACUCGAACAUCAAGCGCUUCCUGAAAAUGGUAUCCCCCUCCUUCUUCCCACCACGGAGAAGCUUGUUCUGGAAUGUCGACGAUCCGGAUAUGCUGAACUAUAUCCACCAAUGCUCGAGUUCGGAGUGCGAGCCGAGGCAGCUCCGUCACUUAUUGCAAACGACGAUCGGAAAACUUGACCCGAGUUGACCUGAACUCGCUCUAGGAGCGGCUCAUCCUUGUAUAUAACGUGUUGAUCUGAGAUUUUGUCUAUUUGUACGGGUACGUGGAUUCCGUGAGUGCAUCUUCGGUACUGGACUUUUUGCAUAUCUAUAACAGAAAUCAAAGUGAAUUGAAUGGGAGCGGACAGAGAAGUCCCGCCGAGUGCCAGUGGCAUCUUCGCCUCGCAGAAUCCGAAUAAACG